AUGCCUACAAGUGAUGCUGCAGUUCUUGCCCUGUGUGAUGAAGUGUGGAAGUGGAGGCUAGAUCAGAGCCCUGAACUGGCAACAUUCUGUGGCUUCCAUCAGUAUGACGAUCGCUGGGAUGAUAUUAGCGAGGAGUCUUGUUUAAAGAAGGAGAAAACAGUGGCUGAAUUCCUGAAGAGAGCAGAAGCCCUGGAAACAGCAGACUGUACACCUGAUGUAGCUUUGAGUCACGCACUUCUUGUGGAAGAUCUUAAACUUUACCUGCGAGGUUCCGCUUUCAAAAGCUACCUGAUGCCCAUCAGCUAUUUAGAAGGGAUUCACUUAGACUUUGACCUGACGCUUUCGUACAUGAAGUAUGAUACAGAGGAAGACUUCAACAAGUACCUCAGCAGGCUUCAGAAGCUACCACAGAGGAUUGAACAGGUGAUUGUUCUCCUAAAGAAAGGUGUUGAAGAAGGAAUUGUGCAGUUUUCCACUUCUGUGAAUAGAGUCCCAAAGCAAAUAGAAUCCAUCCUCAAUACAGCCAUUGAUGAACAAGCAUUCCUAAAGCCAUUUACUGAAGAGCACCCCCAGGUUCCUAAAGAACAACUUGAGAAAAUUCAAGUGACUGCAAGAGACUUAGUGAAAUCAGCAAUUGUUCCUGCUCUGAAAGCUUUAAAGACAUACAUAGAAGAAGAAUACAGCAUACAUGUGCGACCUGGUGAAGGGAUCAGCACCAUCAAAGAUGGGCUCCAGUGGUACCAACAGUGUCUUAAUUUUCACCUGACUUGCAGCAUGACCCCACAACAAGUUCAUGACCUUGGGCUCAAGGAGGUUGCUCGAAUACAUGAGCGGAUCUUUCAGGUUGCUGAAAAAGAGCAGCUGGGAAAAACCUGUCCAGAGAUCAUGGAAGCAAUAACAAAACGACAGAAGGGUCACUUCAAAACAAAGGAUGAGAUUCUAGAGUAUGUCAAAAAUUUGUGCUACAAAAAGAUUCAACCCAAACUGUCACAGCUCUUCGGAAACCUGCCAGAUUUGCCAAUGAAAAUUGAAGCAGCUCCUGAAUCAAGGAAAGAUGCACCUAUGGGCAUGUACCUGAAUGGAACUCCUGAUGGUUCUAGGGAAGGACAUUACUAUAUUAACAAUCACAACUUGGAUGAAUGUCUUCCAUAUCAGUUUCCAGCUUUGAGCCUUCACGAAGGAGAGCCUGGCCACCAUCUUCAAGGAGUGUAUGCACUGGCUGCCACACAUCUGCCAGACUUUCGCAGAUAUGCAGAGGACAGCAAGUACUACUUAGCACCUGCAAGAUUUUCUUUUAAUACUGCAUAUGUUGAGGGCUGGGGCUUGUACUCUGAGUCUCUGGGAGAAGAGCUGAAUGUCUAUGAAGACAAUUUUGAAUUAUUGGGACGUUAUGGCUUUGAGAGUUUUAGAGCUGCCAGGCUUGUCGUUGACACAGGCCUUCAUGCUUUUGGUUGGAGCAAAGAGCAAGCCGUCAAGUAUAUGGUGGACAACGUAUUAACUCCUCAGGCAGAAAUGGCAAGAGAGGUGGAGAGAUACAUUACCUGGCCAGGGCAGGCUUGUGCAUACAAAGUAGGGGAGAUAAAAAUUUGGGAACUGAGACGCAAGGCUGAGAAUAUUUUAGGCACCCAGUUUGACAUCAGAGAAUUUCACCACCAAAUUCUGUCUUGUGGAGCUGUGCCUCUGACUGUGCUCGAGAUGAUAGUUGACCAGUACAUUGAAAGUGCUAAACUGAGACAACAGCCAGGUCAUUGA